AUGACCUCGAUUUUGAAUCAUUUUCAUACUUUGGCAUGUGGAGGGCACAGUGGAGCAAGCAAAACUGUUGUUAAGGUGCUUCAGUGUGGUAUGUUUUGGCCGUCAUUGCAAAAGGAUGCUCGAGAAUUUUCGUUGGGUUGUGAUAGAUGUAAAAGGAGUGGUGGCAUCACGAAGAGACAUGAGAUGCCUCAACAAAACAUUCUCGAGGUUGAGCCAUUUGACAUAUGGGGAGUCGACUUCAUGGGUCCAUUUGUUUCUUCAUGUGGCAAUGUGUACAUUCUUAUUGUGGUCGACUACGUGACAAAGUGGGUUGAAGCCAUGGCCUCCCCCACCAAUAACCGCAAAGUUGUGACCAAACUCCUGAAAAAGAUCAUAUUCCCUCGAUUUGGAGGGCUCCGUGUGUUGAUAAGUGAUGGCGGUUCACAUUUCGCCAAGAAGCAACUAGAAGCAUAUUGA